GUGAUGUCAUGGAGGCAGCGUUGAUGCUGAUGCUGUUGCCCGGCGCCUGUAUCCGUGCAGCCAGACGGGGGAAACCGUAGUCACCGGUCCAUCAGCAGCAGCGAAGGAGACGGAGGGGCCUGAGAAGGAUCUUCAGCAUCCCUGGGGAGUGACACAUACGCAGUGAGAAGAUGACUCUGGCAGCCUACAAAGAGAAGGUCAAGGAGCUCCCCCUGGUGUCUCUGUUCUGUGCCUGCUUCAACCCACAACGUGCAGACAAACCCACAUACAAGGCAGAAGGUAACAAUAACCCUUUUCAGCAACCAGCAUAUGUUAUUCUGGGAAAUGUAAUUAUUAUAAGGUUGCAAACAUUUCCACUUUCCAACCCCACAGAUGCGGUGGACCUGGGCUGGUGCGUCAUCAAAGACGUGGAGGUAAUUGAGCUGAACAAGCGGACGUCUGGCCAGGCCUUCGAGGUCAUCCUCAAGCCCCCGUCCUUUGACGGGGUGCCAGAGCUGAAUGGCUCCAUGCCCCAGCGCCGCGACCCGUCCCUGGAGGAGAUCCAGAAGAAACUGGAGGCGGCCGAGGAGAGGCGAAAGUGUCAGGAGGCGGAGCUGCUGAAGCACCUGGCGGAGAAGAGGGAGCACCAGCGCGAGGUGAUCCAGAAGGCCUUCGAAGAGAACAACAAUUUCAUCAAGAAUGCCAAAGAGAAGCUUGAGCAAAAGAUGGAGGCCAACAAGGAGAACCGAGAGGCCCUGCUGGCCGCCAUGCUGGAGAGGCUGCAGGAGAAGGACAAACACGCAGAGGAAGUGAGGAAGAACAAGGAGAUGAAGGAGGAAGCCUGCCGGUAGAUGAAGAAAGAAGAGCAGAAAAGAGAGAGAGAACAGGACACAGAGUCUCAUCCUCGCUCCAAAAAAUAAAAAUAAAAGGAAGGAAAUCAGUGCAGGAAAGAGAAAAAAGCAACUCAAAAACAAGUGAACUAAUGGGAACAGGAGGUUUUGAAACUGAUGUGUGCUGUAACGAUUGUGUGUGUAAAGGUAAGCGGCAUUAAACCCGGAGGUGAAGCAUAAACUGUUGGAUGCUCUCAUCAGUACAGUGGUGAUAUAAACCUUUACCACGUCAAAUAUGACAAAUGUGCUCAAACAAAACAAGCAAACUGGACACAAAGAUGUAGUUUAGCAGUUCGAGUCGGCUGCUGCAGUCCGUGAUUCACAGAACACACACAGCGCAAUAGUUCAAUACACACAAACGGGAAAUACGGCUGUUUCCCUUGUAAGAAAAGAAGAAAAUGAUUUUUUUUUAAGCUCUUUGUGGGUUUGUUGUGUGGGUCUGCUGGGACGCCGCAGCAGGCAGGAUCUCAGUUUAUCUCAGCAUGUUCCAUGUGAAUAUCACAGGAAACUCAUUGAAAAGGGGAGGAAGCUCUGCCUCAUUCUGCGUUCUCCGUCUCUUUGUAAAACUCCGUAGUGUGUAGAUGUAGAUCAGCAACAUGCGUCUCAGAUGCAGAACACUGUUUGCACUCUUCUCUUCUCCCGUUAAGCACAACCCAAAAGCACAUCUGCACACAUGUGCACACAUGCAGGACGGCAGCUGUAAAUACACUGAAUUCAGUGUUUGAUCGCCACCGGAGUGCAAACCAAAAGCAGUCCCACGGAGAGAUGACAUUUGGCUUGUUGAGUGUAGUGACUUUGAUUGACGUGUUUGACGUGUAACUGGGGGGCGGCGCUCGCCGUGGCGCUGCUGCUGGGUUGAUUGUAUCUGUGUGCCGUGGUCAGUAAAAACGGCCUGACUGAC